ACUAAUACGGAGCAUUUGACCUUCUAAUCUCUACAGCUGAAUCUCCUGAUACCAGGAUUAAGAAAGAGUGCCUUCAGAACCAAUAUGUAGCAAAUGGGUAUAACACCGCUGAAGCUCCUCCCUUGGUUCAACGCUUGCAUGUUUUAAGGAUCCUUGUCGCCUCAGCAGUGAAUUGUUCUUGUGAACUUCAGAAACAGGUUUCAUGUGGUGCUUGCUAAACGUUGAGUCACCAUGAGUAGUAAUCUAGGAAAAGAAAAGGACUGUAAAGAGAAGGAUCCAAAAGUCCCAUCGUCAAAAGAAAGGGAGAAGGAGGCCAAAGCCUCUGGAGGAUUUGGGAAAGAGAGCAAAGAAAAGGAGCCUAAGACCAAAGGGAAAGAUGCCAAAGAUGGAAAGAAGGACUCCAGUAGCACGCAGCCUGGGGUAGCUUUUUCAGUGGACAAUACGAUAAAGAGACCUAAUCCAGCCACAGGUACCCGCAAAAAAUCCAGCAAUGCUGAAGUGAUCAAAGAGCUAAAUAAAUGCCGGGAAGAGAAUUCAAUGCGCUUGGACUUGUCCAAGAGGUCUAUACACAUGCUUCCAUCAGCUAUCAAAGAGCUAACGCAGUUAACAGAACUUUAUUUAUACAGUAACAAACUGCAGUCCCUACCGGCAGAGGUGGGCUGUCUUGUGAACCUGAUGACACUGGCCCUGAGUGAAAACUCACUUACCAGUUUGCCUGACUCUCUUGAUAACUUGAAGAAACUGCGCAUGCUUGACCUGCGGCAUAACAAACUUAGAGAAAUCCCUUCGGUGGUGUAUAGGCUAAGCUCUCUCGCCACUCUUUACCUACGCUUUAAUCGUAUAACUACUGUGGAAAAGGAUAUCAAAAACUUGUCAAAACUCACCAUGCUUAGCAUACGAGAGAACAAAAUCAAGCAACUACCUGCUGAAAUUGGUGAGUUGUGUAACCUCAUAACGCUGGAUGUAGCGCACAAUCAGCUCGAACAUCUUCCAGAAGAGAUUGGAAGCUGCACACAGAUCACCAACCUUGACUUGCAGCACAAUGAGCUCUUGGACCUACCCGAAACUAUAGGAAAUCUGUCCAGUCUAAGUCGUCUUGGCCUGAGGUACAAUAGGCUGUCAGCAAUUCCGAAGUCUUUAGCAAAAUGCAGUGAACUCGAUGAACUGAACCUGGAGAACAACAACAUUUCUACUUUACCAGAGGGUCUUUUAUCCAGCCUUGUCAAACUGACUAGUUUAACGCUGGCCAGGAACUGCUUCCAGUCCUAUCCCGUGGGUGGCCCGUCCCAGUUCUCCACAAUCUACUCUCUCAAUAUGGAGCACAACCGCAUCAAUAAAAUCCCCUUUGGAAUUUUCUCUAGAGCUAAAGUAUUAAGUAAGCUGAACAUGAAGGACAAUCAGCUGACCUCUCUCCCCUUGGACUUCGGGACUUGGACUAGCAUGGUAGAACUGAACUUAGCGACUAAUCAGCUCACAAAAAUCCCUGAGGAUGUAUCUGGGCUUGUUUCUCUUGAGGUUCUUAUCUUGUCAAACAAUCUACUAAAGAAACUUCCUCACGGAAUUGGAAAUCUACGGAAACUCCGAGAGCUAGAUCUAGAGGAGAACAAACUGGAAUCCUUGCCAAAUGAAAUAGCUUACCUCAAGGAUCUGCAGAAAUUGGUUCUGACUAAUAAUCAGUUGACCACCCUUCCCAGAGGUAUCGGUCACCUUACCAAUCUGACGCACCUUGGGCUUGGAGAGAAUCUUCUCACACACCUUCCUGAGGAAAUUGGUACACUGGAGAAUCUGGAAGAACUGUAUUUGAAUGACAACCCCAAUCUGCACAGCCUUCCCUUUGAGCUGGCUCUUUGCAGCAAACUGUCAAUAAUGAGUAUUGAGAACUGCCCGCUCAGCCACCUUCCACCUCAGAUUGUUGCAGGAGGACCCUCCUUCAUCAUUCAGUUCCUAAAAAUGCAGGGACCAUAUCGUGCCAUGGUCUGAUGCUAAUCGGAUUGUCCAAUACACUGUACAAAAUACAAACUGCAUUAAUGUUGUAAUUGUCUGUAUAUGUAUAUAUAAUA